AUGACCAACUGUCGAAGGAAACGCGGUAACAGCGACGAACCCAAGGUACGCAAUGGUUAUGGUGACUGCAAUGACACAAACAAGAAGAGGUCCAUCGCCAACAAACUCACUUUCAUCGAUGCUGCAAUCCAUGAUCCACAUCUCCUCGUGAAUGGUGACAAUGAUGAGGUCAAGGUGGAGCCUCAACAAGCUCAAGCGGAUGGAAGUGAGACUAGUAGGUUAUUCAAGUGGACCGUCCACCACAAUGCCGGAGCUGGGGACAUGGAUGUCUCACCUCAACAGCAGCGGCGGAUGUGGGUAAAGGACCGGUCAGGCACGUGGUGGAAGCACUGCAGCAGCCCUGACUACCCCGAGGACAAAUUUCGCAGCCACUUCCGGAUGGGUUGGGACACCUUUGACAUGAUAUGUGAUGCGCUGGGCUCUGCCAUCGCCAAGGAGGACACUCCACUCCGCCCUGCCAUCCCUGUGCGCCAGCGCGUCGCCGUCUGCAUCUGGCGCCUUGCCACCGGAGAGCCCCUCCGCGCAGUCUCUGACCGCUUCGGCCUCGGCCUUUCUACCUGCCAAAAGAUUGUCCUUGAGGUCUGCGCCGCCAUCCGCAAGAGGCUUAUGCCGCACUUUCUUCGGUGGCCUGACCAGGUCGCCGCCUUCAAGGGUAGCUUUAAGGCCAUCUCUGAUGUCCCAGACGUCAUCGGUGCCAUGUACACCACCCACGUCCCGAUCAUCGCACCAAAGUCCUGGAUCAGCAGGUACUACAACAUUGGUUGGUCGGAGCGCAACAAGAAGCCCUCCUUCUCCACCACCCUCCAGGGGGUCGUUGACCCUAAUGGCAUUUUCACAGAUGUAUGCAUCGGUUGGCCUGGUGCCAUGCAUGAUGAUAAGAUUCUCGUCAAUUCGCUUCUGCAUCAGCAAGUUGGCCCUCGCAUGAUGCCUGGCUCUUGGGUGGUCGGCAGCUCUAGUUACCCUCUGAUGAACUGGCUUCUCGUCCCAUACACAGACCAAAACCUGUCAAAGGAACAGUACAUGUUCAACGAGAAGCUCACAAAGCUCCAGCGUGUGGCUGUGGACGCCUUUGCACGACUCAAGGGACGAUGGAAAUUUCUGCAAAAGCGUGCAGAAAUGAAGAUCUCGGACCUCCCUGCCGUGAUGGGCGCAUGUUGUGUGCUGCACAACAUAUGCGAGAUGAAAGGAGAGGAGAUGGGUCCAGAGCUGCAGUGCGAUGUCAUCGACAUAGAGACCGUGCCAGAUUACCUUGUGCAUUCCGAGAGCGCCAGCAAGGCCAGAGACAAGAUGGCGCACGACAUCUUCCAUGGUGGCCUGGGCUGCACCAGUUUUUGA